AUGCGACGAACGACUUUAACAAAGGACAAGGUCGGCUUCACAUCCUCUCGCUGCAUGGAACUACACAAAGACACAGACCUAGUCACAUUCUGCAAGGCCUGGGAUAUAGUAGUGUCUCGAGCUUCCAUUUUGCGAACAAGAAUCGUCCAACUUGACGGCAAUGGCUGGUUACAAGUUGUUCUCGGUAGCCGUAUGGAAUGGUCUCGUUACCAGACGAUCAAUGAACAAAAGAACUAUGCUCAAACGUCCGAUAUGGGAGCUGGCACUGCUUUGCUUCGACUGAGUAUUAUUGAUCCGGGCAACGGUGAGCCCAGACACUUUGUUAUACAGCUACACUGGGCCGCAUAUGAUGGAUGGGCGAUUCGCAUGAUGUUUGCGGAGGCCGAGCGAUUAUACAGAGACUCGACAUGGAACGGUGUGCUGCGGGAUAUGUCGACCUUUAUCAAGCAUAUUGAACAAAUUGACAAAACGCAAGCAAUGUCGUUUUGGAAGCAGCAAUUUUCAGGUUGCGGUCAGGGUGCCAUAUUUCCCCAAUACAAGCCGGUUUCAAAGGGAACGAACCUGUGCUAUGAGAGGUACGAGGAGGUUGAUGUGCCUAUCAAGGAGGCCCUCGUACAACAGCGUGAUUUCACCCUAGCAAUAGUUGUGAGAGCAGCCUUGGGAUUGGUCAUUGCCAACACCAAUCGCUCCGACGAUGCCGUAUUUGGAGCAACAGUGAUUGGACGCCAGGCAUCUGUGCCAGAGAUGGACCGCAUGGCUGGGCCGGCUUUCGUCACAUUGCCAAUCCGAAUUCGUGUCGAUCACAAUAUCAGUGUCAAGGAACUUUUUAAUAUGGUCCAAGCCCAAGCGAUAUCUAUGAUUCCCUACGAGCAGGUUAGUCUAACAGAAAUCCGACAAGCCAGCAAAGAGGCUGCGCUGGCGUGCGGCUUCCGGACACUGCUUGUCAUUCAGUCAAGCAUCAAGAAAGGAGACCCAAGACAUAGAGGAGGUGCUGAGGUAGAUGGUGUAUGUCAGAGUAUGUACGCGCACGAGUUGGUCGCAGGUCCACAUGCCAUUAUAGAGCUGGGACAAAGGACAGGAGAUUACGCGAUCUAUGUCGAGUGCAAGCUAGGGGCAGUCGCAAGCGAUCCCGUUAGCCUAAGAGUCUGUAUUGACUCCGAAGUAGUGUCUGAUAAAGAAGCAGAAACGUUUAUGCAAGAGUUGGUUGCGGCUGUUCAGUGGCUGGGCAAUCCUGAAAAUGCGAAUCCCAGGGUACCGAAUGACGGCUUUCGAACCCGAUAA